AAUUGUACAUCAAAGUUUUUUUACAAGUUUAUAAAUAUUUUUUUCUUUUUGAAAAUUUUAGGCCCAUUUGAAGUUACUAAUAAUAGUGUAAGUUUAGUAAUGAUUACUAUAGAACGUGGGUCUGUGUGCCAGUAAUGAAAUAGCAAGGAGUUGGAUGAUAUGUUAUGAGAAAGUCAAGGUUUAACCUCAAAGGUUGCUGGUUUCUACUCUUCUCUUUAGUGAUGGGUGUUAUCACGUACAUUCUUCACUUAAACAGACAUUAUGGAUCCGACCUAGAGAUGGCGAUGAUUGGAGAUCAGUUUAACUCCUACAGAGAAAAUGAGAGAUGGAUGGAAAAUAUGCUGAGUGCAGAACAAACAGAGGAUAUCAACUUCCCAGACAAAUGGGAAUUAAUCCCUACCCUUGAAUCAAUGUAUGUUGAAGGAUUAAAAAAAAUGCCAAUUGUUUCGGAUUUGAAAAUUCAAGCCUCCAUUGGAAUGGAUGCGUUGGAAAAAAAGAACGAUGCAAAUAUUAUAAACAAAAAAGUCUUAAAAAUUAUCAACAUAAAAAUACGAAACACAAGAAAGAAAUCGAUAAAGAAAACAAGAAUAUGAAGAUUAAAAAUAAUAUGAAAGAAUAGUGCACAAAAA